AAAAAAUCUGAAUUUCUGUGGUUUCCACGUCCCCCGCGUAUGCAGAGAGAAGAGAUUGUCAGAGGAAGCGCAGUGUCAGAGUAAUUUGAAGAAGAAGACGAUGGUCAUGUCCAUGGUUCCCACAAAAUCCCUACAAUCUCAUCCACCUCUCUCUUUUUUCUCUAUAAAAUCUCCCAAUUUUCCUUCCCCAUUCCCCACUUGUUACUCCCUUACUACAUCACCUAGUUUUUUCACUCUCACUACCAGUUCUACUAUCACUCCCUCGCGUCUCAUUAUGAGAGCCUCCUCCUCCUCCGACGUCGGUGCGAAUGUUGGUGAAAUCCUCGGCGAUGUUUCAAUUUUCACAGCCGCUGGUGAGCCCGUCGUGUUUAAGGAUCUCUGGGACCAAAAAGAGGGAAUGGCUGUGGUUGCACUUCUGAGGCAUUUUGGAUGCCUUUGCUGUUGGGAACUUGCUUCAGCAUUAAAAGAAUCCAAAUCAAAAUUUGACUCAGCUGGCGUCAAACUAAUUGCAAUUGGCGUUGGUGAGCCUAAGAAAGCUCGCAUCCUCGCAGACCGGCUGCCAUUCCCGAUGGAUUGUCUUUAUGCUGAUCCCGACCGCAAGGCCUAUGAUGUCUUGGGAUUGUACUAUGGCUUUGGACGCACAUUCUUCAAUCCUGCUAGUGCAAAGGUGUUCUCGAGGUUUGAUGCUCUGCGAAAAGCUGUCAAAAACUACACUAUUGCUGCCACACCAGAUAAUAGAAGUAGUGUUCUGCAACAGGGAGGGAUGUUUGUAUUCAAAGGGAAGGAGUUAUUGUAUGCCAGAAAAGAUGAAGGGACUGGCGACCAUGCUCCCUUGGAUGAUGUCUUUGACGUCUGCUGUAGGCAGGUUACAGUUGCAUGAAGCUUUGGUGAGCGGCAACCUUCCAAAUACAGGGAUGGGCUCCAUCAAAGAAUGUUGUAUUAUAUCUAUUGCCAAGUUUUGCAACUUGCAAGAAAGUGCUGCCUGUAAAUUAUCUUUUUCUGCUGUCCCAUAGAUUGAAUAUUUGCAUAAAUUAAUAAGGUUGUCAUUUUAACCUCAAAACAUAAUUAUUUAGUUAUCUGGCAUUUGGAGUA